AUGGUGAUGGAGGUGGAGAGCAUUAAACUGUCUGCACUGCACUGGUGGCUUUGUGUCGAUGCUGGGCCGAGUGGUGUGAAGCCACCUGGGGGAGACGCAGGGCGGCCACUGGUCCUGGGGAGCAGGUGCUUCCUGAGGCCCGCCCUGGAGAGGGCCCUGGGGGCCGCCCCGCCGAGUCUGCAGUGGGCACUAGGGGGCGCCGUCUACCGGCUUCCCGAGCCCACCGCUCUCUACCCUGGCUCCCGGGGGUGUGGCCGCCGGAGGGUGUGCCGGCCCAGAGUCCCAGGCCCUGCCUGCCCGGCUUCUCCCUCCCUUCUCCUGUCACCGCGGCCGACUGGCCAAGGGCACCAGCCCUGGAGAGGGCACGGGGCUCAGCGUGGCCAGCUCGGAUGUGAGCUCAUUCCCCCGAGACCACCAGUUCUAGUUCCUGCCCCUCCCCCAAAGGCUCGGGUCGCAGGCUGGUGCCUGGCACCCACCCCAAAGGUUGGGAGGGGGCUCGAGGCCAUCAGGCUCCAGGCCGCACUUGGCGCUGCCCCCUGGCGCCAGGGAAACAAAGGUUACAGGCUGCUGUCCUCAGGGUGCCAGACAUCUUCUGCUCAAGAGCCAGCUGCCCUGGCCACCACAGCCCCACCUCCACCACCAGGCUGGGCAUCCCGAAGCUGGCAGGCAUCUCUUCAGGCAGCCGCCAGUCCUGGCACUGGCUCCCCCACUCAGCCCCUUGGCCCUGCCAGCCCUUUGAAGCUCAUGCAGCGCUUCCUGUUUGGGGCGGGCGAUGCCAGGGCCCCUCCCCCACCAUUGUUCUGGAGAGACCAUAGGUCCAUCUGUUGCCCCAUGGUGGGGCCCCUAGGCAGUGCCACACGGGAGCAGCACCACAAAGGACUCUGCUGGCAGCUUUGCUUAUGUGGGGUGCAGAGGCAGGUGCCUGCAGCUCACCUUCCCUCCAUGACAUGAUCUCCCAGCUCUGACCCUUGACCUGUUCCCUCGCGGCAUCUCCACAGGGCUGGAAGGUGAACCCCACUUCCUUUACCAGGUCCUCUGGUUUCUCUUCCCAGGCCAGGACCUAAACCGUUCACAACUCCCAGCAGGCCAGAGCUGCAGAGACCUCAGAUAGAGACUAUAAAGUGCUGUGGAAGCCUUGUUCAAACAAAAACUUUCAUGAAUGUCCA